UUGGGGCGAUGGGCGUUGGGGCGGCGCCAUGAGGAGGAGGAGGAGGAGGAGGCGGCGAGCAUGGCGGCGGCCGGAGGAGGCGGCGGCGGGGCGCGGCGGGGUCUGCUGAAGCGGAAACCGAACUUCACGCUGCAGGAGAUCGACAUCCUGAUGAGCGAGGUGCUCAAGUACGAGCAGCUGCUCUUCGGUGCCGCCGCCAGCACCGUCAACGCCUACGAGAAGCAGAAGAUCUGGUGGCGCAUCACCAACAAGAUCAACGCGGCCGGGCGGAACCAGCGCGACAUCGGCGAGGUGAAGAACCGGUGGCGGGGGCUGCGCCGGAGGGCGAACGAUAAAAUCACCCGGCACCGGCAGGAAAGGCAGGGACCGACCGCUCGGUCCGCCCCGAGACCGGGCAAUGGAAACGGCAAUGGGAACGGCUCCGGGCCGGGACCCCCCGAGCUCGGCCCCGGGCCCGCUCCCGGUUGGGGACAGCGCGGAGCCGCCGCCGGGAUGGAGCCGCCGGUUCUCAGCGUGGAGGUGGCGGCACCGCACGGCGUCAAGGGGGAAGCGGUGAAGGAGGAACCGGUGGAGGUGAAGACCGAGCCCUUCCCCGGGCCCGGCCCCGAGCGCCGCGCACCCCGCUCGGGCCUCCGCUCGCCCGGUGAGGUGUGCGAGGGCUGGAGGAGCCGCAGCCCCCCGCACCCCCCAGAACUCCCCCUGGGUGACCUCAGCGGGCAUCAGGAGCCCUUGGGCUCGGAUUUCCCCAGCGCCCUCUUGGAGCACGAAGCCCCUCCCCACCUCACUAACUGCGGCGGGGGCCAAACGGGACCCCCGGUGGGGGGGGGGGACGACGGGUUUAUUGGAGGAGGGGAGGGGGGGUUCGUCACCCGAUUGUCCCCAUCUGACGCCAGCUGAAAAACGCAUCGUGCAGUCCAACGAGCGGCUGGUGCAGGAGGUGCGGGCUUUCCGCCGGGAAUACGCCGAGAGCCGGCGGGAGACCAGCGGGGUCCUGCGCCUGAUGGCUCAGGCGCUGGGGGGGCUCAGCCGCAGCCUGGCCGAGAUCCGGGACCUCUAUCUCCAGGAGCGGGGGGUCCCCAAACCCUGACACACCACCACCACCACCACCCCCACGCAGCUGGCUGUGUGACCGCCCCCCCUCAACCUUCUCCCCUCGGGGAUACUUCCCCUUCCUGCCCCAACCCCCCACCCCUUUCCAGCGCCUGUUUUUUUUCUUUUAUUAUUUUAAUUUUUUUCUUCCCUUCAGCCCACUUGAAUAAAAGUCAGAGCUGG